UGAGUGUGUGAGUGUGUGUGUGUGUGUUGGGUUGAAUGAAUAACAUACAACAGACAAAACAGACAACGGCGAGUGGAAAGCAUAUAAAAUAAACAAUACCAUUUCGGGCUGGUCAGCUGGGAGGAAGUGGCACUCUGUUGGUGGCACUGGUGGUGCGUGUGGUGGGUGUGGCAGCUGUGGGCAAAUGCCUGAAACAAAGCCAGCCCUCUCGCAUUAACAAUUAUGUACGCGGCAAGUGCGGACACGUUUUAAUUGCAUACCAAUCGAAAUCGUACUAAAAAAAAUAAAAAUAAGAAAAACUGCUUACAAUUGAAAAAUGUGCUACGUUAUCAUCACAAGUGUGAGUCUAGUCUGGUUUCUGUGCACCCUUGUCGCCGAUAUGCUCGUCGCCAUCGCACUGGUCACGCCCAAAUGGCUUAUUGCUGGUGCACCCACCACGGUGAAUGCCACAGGUCAACGUUAUCCCUCUGUGGGCAUUUAUACGCGUUGCAAGCAGAUGUAUAAGCUGGGCUAUCAUUGUGGUCGCUUCGAUUUGGAUGGCUUUGCUACCGAUGGCAGCGUCUAUCCCUGGGAAUGGAAGGCAGCCAUGUUCUGCAUGACCACGGGUUGUCUGCUGCUCUCCGCGACUGUUGCUGCCACGCUGUUAACCUGCUGCCGGCAGUCUGCGUUUGGCAAGAGCAUACACAAUAUGACAGCUUGUGCACAGGUGCUGGCAGGCAUAGCUGUAAUGCUAGCUUUGUUUCUGCAUCCCUUGGGCUGGCGUGCGCAGCGCGUUCAGCUCCUUUGCGGCGCGGAGGCGGAGCCCUUUUAUCCCGCCGACUGCAGCAUUGGCAUCUCAUUUUACUGCGGCCUGGCUGCCAUAUUACUGACAUUUGCCGCUGCCGGCAUCAGUCUCAAGGCGGAGUCCUCCAACAUGCGUAGUCGGGUGCGCCGGCGUGUGGAGUCCGGCAGCAAGCUCAUCUGCAUUCCGUAGUCGGAUAGAUUAAAAAACAUUUGCAUUUAGAGAUUGUCCUAACUGAAUUUGGUAUCGUUUAGAGAGACUUAUUUUUAUUGUAGAUCUUUUUA